AAAAGGCAAACAGUGAAUAGAAAUUCCAUAAAUGUAUCGAGCUUCAUAAUGAACUUCAUUUCCCAUGAGCCUCCUCAGGAUCAUCGCGUUCUGCCGUUGCUUAUGGAAACAGCGGCAGGUUAGAGCCAGAGCUGCAGAGGCGGCUCGGUUGAGCUCCAUCGGACGUUCAGGAGCCUCCAUCGUUGUUUGUUUGGGUUGGGGGAGAUAACGAGCCCGUCCAAAGGCUGAGGAGAGGACACUGAAGUGAAGCAGUUAUCAGAAACAGAGUAAAGUCUGAUUAUAUGAAUGUCCAACCUGCACCGACCAGAGAGACUCCACCGCCCCCAAGCAGACAUGUCCAACCAGAGCAUCCUCAAUGCUGAGAAGGCAGUGAGUCCUAGCCAAGUGGUCCUUGAGAAAAUGUCUUCCUCUGUCCUCAAAUGCCUUCUCAGCACCAGCUCCAACAGCUGCAACCUCUUUCAAGCCGAGGAGCAGGAGAAGGAUCAGGAGCAGCAGUCCCAGUUCCAGGAGCAGAAGACAUCUGGAGCGUGCAGGAGGAACCGUCUUGCCAUGACUCCGAAGAAGCCACGAGUUCCAAGUGUUGUAAGAAGCUCAGCACAGACUAACAUCAUGCCCUCACGCAGCAGUUCUGGUCUCCUCAAGCCAACUCAGAACAUGGGAGUCGUGGGCAGAGCUGUGGGUUUGAACCCCCCUGCAGCUCCAAAGCUGAGAAGAACACUCAUCUAUAAUUUGAAUCGUGCAGAACUCCCAACUUUGCAAAAAGCAAGGCUCACUCGGGAGGCAGAAAAUGGCAGAAAGUUGUGCAUUUUUGCUGCCCUGAAGCCAUCCAACGUUCAGAAGGAGAAGCAGAGGUUCUUCAAAUCCACCUUUAGCUGCAACCCUCAGUUUGAGUACAGCAGUCCUGUUCCUGCACUCAUCCUGGAGCGCCACAGCGUUGCCUCAGAUCGCUUCCUGACACAGGCAGUGCACAUCAUGGAGCUGGCCUUGAAGCGCUACGGCAGCUACGAGAGGUUUGAGCAGGUGACCGGGGGCAGCCUCCUCUCCAAGAGCCGCAUCUAUCACAACGUCAAGAAGUACAUGGAGACGGAGGGCUGUGUGGGGGAGAUCGUCGUCCAGCUGUCGGAUGACCUGCUGUCUCGUGCCUCGAUGACCGUGGUCAACAGCAGGCACACUCUCAACAUUAAUGUCUCCAGUGCACGAGAGCACUGGCUGGAGGGCAUACUGAGACACGAGAUUGGAACUCAUUACUUACGAAGUCUUAACAACUGCCAGCAGCCAUGGAGCAGCAGCUCAGGGAGGAAGAAGCUUAACCUGAGACCUCUGAACCCAACGGAGGAGGGCCUGGCUAGCAUCCACAGUGUCCUCUUCAGGAGAGACCCCACCCUGUGGCGCGCCGCCAUGCUCUAUUACACCGUCUACCAGGCCAGCCACAUGUCCUUCUGUCAGCUCUUUCAGGACCUGGGGCGCUUCGUUGAAAACCCCAGCACCCGCUGGGACUACUGUGUCCGAGCCAAGAGAGGCCAGACCGACACGGCACAGCCAGGAUGCUUCAGCAAAGACCAAGUGUACCUGGAUGGUGUUCUAAGGAUUCUGAGGUACAGAGACGACAUUAACUUCCCUCUGCUGAUGGCUCUUGGAAAGGUAUCAUUUGAAGAUGUGGAUCGUCUGAGAGUCUUGGCUCAGAUGGACAACAGCCGCAUCCCCCACUUCAUGCAGGACCAGGUGAAAUACGCAGAGCAGCUGACCAAAAUUAUGACUGUCAAUCAGCUGACCGACGAGGAGUUGAAAGCCAUCAUAUGAGGUCGGCCUGUCCUCCCACUCUGUCCUGAAAGAGGCUGUCCCCUGCAGCUGUGCUCUGUAUGCUUCAGACUGCCUCCACCUGCAUCAGGAAUAUGAGAUCUACCUCUUCAUAAAAGUGAAUCCCAGUCCAGUCUUUUCCUCUUAGAAUAAGUCAAAAGAAAGUCACCUUUGUGUUUAAGGACAUAUGAAGUUAGGUUCUGUGCCAAAACAGCAGUAGUGUGUCUGCAUAAAAAACGAUUAUCAAAAUGUUGCAAGUGGUGCCAAACUGUUUAAUUGUUGUUUACAUAGUUUGAUUUCAGUGGAGGUUUCAGGGCCUUUUUUUAACCUGUGUGAUUGUUUUUGAAGCCACUGUGUUCCUUAAAUAUUAAACCUGUUUGUACUUGUUCUUUUA